AUGACCCAGCGAUCAUCUGUCACCAUCAAGUCAGGUGGCACUCGCAACUUCAGUGCUUCCUCAGCCAGCCUCCUCCCAGGAUGCUGACCCAAUUUCAGCUCUGUCUCGGUGUCCCAGAGUAGGAAGAGCAUCGGAGGUGGUUUUGGGGGAGGCUUUAGGACCAGGAGCCUCCAUGGCUUUGGGGGCAGCAAAAGAAUCUCCAUCAGUGGGGGUUACCGCUCCAGCCAGGGCAGCUUUGGGGGUGCUAGCUGUGGGCUAGGUAUUGGUGGCAUGGGGUACAGAGUGGGGGGAGACUUUGGUGGAUAUGGAUUUGGAGGUGGAAUGGUCUCUGGAGCUGGGGGCAUCCAUGAGGUCAUUGUCAACCAGAGUCUCCUAACACCCCUGCACCUGGAGAUAGAUCCUUCUCUUCAGCGGGUGCGCAAAGAGGAGAAGGAGCAGAUCAAGACUCUCAACAACAAGUUUGCUUCCUUUAUUAACAAGGUGCGCUUCCUGGAGCAGCAGAACAAAGUGCUGGAGACCAAACGGAGCCUCCUGCAAGACCAAAAAUCCACCAGGACCAAUCUCGAGCCCAUGUCUGAAGCCUACAUCAACAACCUGAGACGACAGCUGGACCGCCUGGGAGGAGAGCGGGGCAGGCUGGAGAUGGAGCCGAAGGACACGCAAGAUGUGGUGGAAGACUUCAAGAACAAGUAUGAGGAGGAAAUCAACAGACGCACAGCGGCUGAGAAUGAGUUUGUGGUACUCAAGAAGGACGUGGACACCGCCUACAUGAACAAGGUGGAGCUGGAGGCCAAGGUGGACUCCCUGAUGGAUGAGAUCAACUUCCUCAGAGCUUUCUACGAGGCAGAGCUGGCUCAGCUUCAGGCUCAGUUCUCUGAGACCUCUGUGGUGCUGUCCAUGGACAACAACCGCAAACUGGACCUGGACAGCAUCAUCGCUGAGGUCAAGGCCCAGUAUGAGGAUAUCGCCAACUGCAGCCGUGCCGAGGCUGAAUCCUGGUACCAGACCAAGUAUGAGGAGCUGCAGUGGUCCGCUGGGCAGCACGGGGAUGACCUCCGCACCACCAGGAUGGAGAUCUCUGAGCUGAACCGCGCCAUGCAGAGGCUGCGCUUGGAGAUUGACAACCUGAAGAAGCAGUGUGCCACACUCCAGGCUGCCAUCGCAGAUGCCGAGCAGCAUGGAGAGCUGGCCCUCAAAGAUGCCAAGAGCAAACUGGCAGAGCUGGAGGACGCCCUGCAGAAGGCCAAGCAGGACAUGGCGCGGCAGCUGCGCGAGUACCAGGAGCUCAUGAAUGUCAAACUGGCUCUGGACAUCGAGAUCGCCACCUACAGGAAGCUACUGGAGGGCGAGGAGUGCCACAGACUCACUGGUGAAGGCGUUGGAUCAGUUAACAUCUCUGUGGUCUCUUCCUCUGGUGGCACAGGCUACAGUGGGGGCAGCCGCCUCUGUGUGGGUGGGGGUGUCUACAGUGGUGGCUUCAGUGGUGGCCUCUGCUACAGUGGCUCUGGUGGUGGCAGCAGCUUUAGUUCUACCAGUGGCCACAGCCUCAGUGGCACCAGCUCCAGCAUGCGCAUCAUCUCUAAGACAUCGUCCACCAAGAAGAGCUACAGGAGCUAA